AUGGCGCUCAGAUACAGAAGGGGCUACAUCCGCCUCCUCUGCCUCCUCGUCCUCAGGGAUGACUUUUUUAGAGAGAGGUACACGACACGAAGAAACAUCAGGUGGGGGGGUUACAACAAGAGGCACUCGGGAGAAAAGACAAGGCCGACCGCCCCAAUCGAGACGCAAUCUCUAAUACACAACAUCUCAGGUAGGCCCUUAACACCUACGGAGGAGGGGACCCUGAAUAAGGGACUCUCCUUCAUUCCCACACCCCAUAUAGAGUGGCACCAAUAUGACGUCAGUUUGUAUAAAUUCUUUCGCCAACUUAAACUACGUGCAUUUUUUUCAACAGAUCAGCACAAUUUUGGUACAACAGCAGAAUCUACUGACAAUAUUAUACAGAUCACACAGGGAGAUCCACAUGAUGAAGGAAAUAUGGAGGCUGUGGGACAUUACGUUUCCGGGUCUGAUCCAUGCACUGUUCUCUCCCUGGAUACAGGUUUGAAACCUAAAAGCACUUUCACACCACAUAAUAUCAAUACAUCCAUUGACUUAUUCACCAAUCUUGUGAAGAAAGACAUGUAUAAACUUAGGAGAAAACAUCAAUAUACCCAUAGUUAUCAUAGAAAAAGUAUCAAUUUUACUAAACAAGAUUGGUUGAAUAUCAAUAAUUUAAAGAAAGAUGCAUCCAUCAUUAUCAAACCGGCAGAUAAGGGGGGAGCACUGGUGAUCAUGGAUCGCACAUAUUACAUAAAAGAAAUUGAGAGCCAGUUAAUGGAUAACACAAAUUACUUACCUAUCAGUCAAGACCCUACACACAAUCUGAAACGUACACUAGAUAAACUUAACCAAUGGGCCCUCUCUAAAAACAUUAUCUCUGAUGGAGAAUAUAAAUAUAUGAAUCUCAAAUACCCAAGAAUUCCGGUGUUCUAUACCCUCCCAAAAAUACAUAAGAACCCCCUUUUUCCACCGGGCAGACCAAUAGUCAGUGGAACUGGGUCUAUAUUCCAACACCCAGCAGAAAUACUGGAUAAAUUCUUGAUCAAAUAUGUCCCAUUGCAGAAAUCAUACCUCAAAGAUACUACUACAUUUCUUACACUACUAGCAGAUAUACAUAUUCCACCAGGUGACUUUUGGUUGGUAACCAUGGAUGUACAGUCACUAUAUACUUCAAUUGACCACAAUAGAGGGAUUGAGGCAGUGGAUUGGACACUGGAUAGAGACCCGAGAUUAACCCAACAAGGAGAGACCUGA